AUGAGUAAACACUCGGCGGUACAUGAUGGUAGUACUGCCCGGCUGCGGCAUACUCAAAGCCUGCCAGCCUGGCAAGUUUGCAAGUUGUGCGAGAUGGCAAAAGAAAUAUUGCAGAACGAAGACAACGUGAAAGGCGUGCAAGCCCCAGUGAUAGUUGUUGGCGAUGUCCAUGGUCAAUUUUUCGAUCUGCUUGAACUAUUCGAAAUUGGAGGCAAGCCGCCAUUCCAUAACUACCUGUUCCUGGGUGACUACGUAGAUCGUGGAUUUUAUUCGUUGGACUGUGUGUUGCUCCUGGUUGCUCUCAAGGUUCGAUAUCCCGAUAGAAUAACAUUGACCCGUGGAAAUCACGAAUGCAGACAAAUUACACAGGUUUACGGAUUUUAUGAUGAAUGUUUGAGGGUGCACGGGACUGCCAAUGUUUGGAAGCACUUCACUGAUCUUUUUGAUUUCCUUCCAUUGGCGGCCUUGGUCGACGAUGCGAUUUUCACUCCUCACGGCGGUCUUUCCCCUUCACUUGACCGAAUUGAGCACGUGCAGAAACUUGAUCGUUUCGUUGAGAUUCCUCAUGAGGGACCCAUUUGCGAUCUGAUGUGGUCAGAUCCCGACGACAGAUAUGGAUGGGGAAUCUCUCCUCGUGGUGCAGGGUACACCUUUGGGCAGGACAUUACAGAGACUUUCAACCAUGAUAAUAACCUUCAAUACAUUGUGCGCGCACAUCAGCUCAUCAUGGAAGGUUAUCAGUGGCAGCACUCGGGUGGAGUUUUGACUCUCUUCUCCGCACCAAAUUACUGCUAUCGAUGCGGCAAUCAAGCUGCGAUCAUGCAGCUCGACGAGAACUUGAACAAGAGCGUGAUCCAGUUCGAUCCUGCUCCUCGUCACCAGCAUGGAGAAGAAGGCAAGCCCAAGCUCAAGGCGCUACCCGACUACUUCUUGUAG